AAUAAAAGAAAUUAAGAAAAUCACAAAUUACCCAACUAUGACCACUAGGUCCAGGGUAUGGGGCAAUAUGAGGUCAAUCCAAUAGGACUAAAAUAACACACGUGAAUAAAGUUUAACUAAUCACUGCACAGCAAACUUAAACAAAAAAAAAGCAAAGCACUAAAAAUCACACUUCUAGUGAACAGGACUUGAUAUAGCCAAAUAUGGUUGACUCCAAACCCCCAGUCCCAGUAACAAUUAUAGCCACAGCUAAAAUAAACUAAUUGUACCACGUAGUUACAAAUAGGCUAGAGUCUAUACAGAGCAAAUAAUUAAAACCACAUUACCUAAAAUACCUGAGCAGUUAAUACACUUAGUGCUACAAAAUUUGUUAUGGUAGAAUAAACAAAAUAAAAAAAAGAAAUGCAACAAAAACAGAAAACAGCAACUGGCAACCACUGGAACUGUGGCUCUCUAUGCAAAUACACAAAAAACACAUUAAUACAUUCAUCACAUGAAAACAGUGCAAAUUGCAUUCAAGUACAAGAGGAGACAUACCACUUAAUUCAAGGUGGAAUGCUAACUUCGCCCAUGGACAGGGUAGCAGCUUUAAACCUCUAUUAAAAAUAGAUUACACACAAAAUUAGUUAAAAACACGAUAUAAAGCCCAUUUUGCAUCCUGUUCAGAACAUAUUGAGACAUAUCUUACCUAAAGUCCCCAGGUGACCAUUCUAAAACGGUACUAGUGUUAAAUAUAGUAGUAGCAGUUAAAUAAAGUAGUAGCAACCAAAGCUAAAACACUUAAACUAUUACAGACACAGCAUAUGGAGCUAAAGCAGCCCAAAAGCAUAGAGUGUCUAAUAGUGUACAAUUAAAAUGCAACAGGCAUUUGCCUACUAUUACAGAACUUUAAAAAGUGCAAUAGUUUAAGCCUACCUGAUCAAAAUACCUUCAAAGUUAGUCAGGAUAAGUAGAAAUUAACAAGCAGCUUAGCCAAGAGCUAACAAACAAAGAGUGUAAAUUACCUCAGCAUAUCAUAUAAUUAGCCAGCCUACCUCUUAUAUCACUAGUGAUGGGUCUGACGACCCUGAAACCUCAACACAUGCGCCGAGCUGUCAAGGCGAAACCCCGUGUCGGUGCGUGUAUCAAGUUGAGGAAAACCACGUGACCGAUACACUUCCUGUGUCCUUUGGUAGCGAUGGGUCUGACGACACUGAAACUUCAGCGCAUGCACCGAGCAAACAAGGCGAACCCCUGUGUCGGGCCGCGUAUCAUUUUAAGGAAAACCACGUGACCGAUGCAUUUCCUCGCGCAGUUGCUUGCAAUGACUUUCUUAGUCCAGCAGAUGUCGCCAUUAAGUGAUACAGCAACACAGUUUCAACACAGUGUCGAUACAGUUUGGGAAAUGUGCCAUACACACAAUGAGGCUUCAUCUGCCCAUCACUAUAUAUCACGUCGCCAGGCACAAACACAGACUGUUGCUAUUUAUAGCCACUCACAGCUGUUCUACCCCAACUGCGUGCAACAGAGAAGCGACUCCUCAAUGAUUCAGUGAAGGCAGAAGUCUAUAAAGCAGAGCUAAAGAAGUCCUGGUUCACCCCCAUCACUUAGUGACACACAAUGCUUUCUGGCCCAAACCUGGGGCCUUCUCUUCUUAAUGUCCUGCUGCGGUUGAGGGAACAUUCUAUUGCCAUCAGCAGUGGCAUAAAGGGCAUGUUUUCUCAGGUUAGGCAGCUUCCUGAAGAUUGUUCCCUUAUUUGCUUCCUCUGAUGUGAUUUAUGAAGAAACUCCCAACCCGAUAUCUUUGAGUGGCAAGUCCUUCCAUUUGGGACAACAUGCUCACCAUGUUGCACCAUUUAUGCUCUUCAGCGGCAUGUUUGUGACAACAGUUCUGAUGGGGAUGAUGUCUGUCAUUCAGUGCACAAGCACUUCUAUGUUGACAAUUGGCUCCAGAGUUUCCUUACAGUAGAAGAUGCUCGGACUGUGGUGGACAACAUGAGAAGGCUGUUGUGUGAAGAAGGCUUUGAAUUGCGUCAGUGCUACAACACCUAGACAACAUCAGCUUACUUUGUUGCUAUGUGAGUGCCAAAUUGGACCACAUUCAUAGCAAGCAUGAGGUGCACAUCGUCUGUGAUGCAUCAGAAGACACGCAUGGGCAAGUAGAGGUGGACUUUCUAACAGCUUGUUUCAGAGUAGCCCCCAAACGGCAACUCUCCAUACCUCGUUUGGAGUUGUGUGCAGCCCUUACUGGGGCACAAUUAGCUAAGCUGCUGCAGAAUGAGCUUACUUUGAUCAUCUUUAAAGUCAUCAUGUGUACUGAUUCCACAACUGUUCUUUCAUGGAUUAGAUCAGACUCCUGUUGUCACAAAGUGUUUGUGGGCACCCGCAUUACAGAGAUACAGUAGCUGACUGACACUCAAUCCUGGCAGUAUGGGACAUCUGCUGAGAACCCAGCUGAUGACCUUACACGGGGGAAGUCACUGGCAGAUAUAGUAGGAAAGAGUCAGUGAGCUAGUGGUCCCCUGUUUCUAGCUUUACUACCUGACCAAUGGCCAUCUAAUGUCAUCAAGCCCUAGCAUUGAAGACUGUAGUGAUCUAUGUGGAGAUGCAAUCUGUCUGCUGACAACAAUAACCUCUGCCCAUGCCAUCCCUGGUGCUCAGCAAUUUGACAACUGAUUGUCAAAUACAGUGACUUAGUUGCUGAGACAGAUCGAUGUAUUCAUGGGGCGGCUGUAGAAGUAGAGGGAAAUCCAAAAGAAGAGCCCUUCAAAGAAGCAGAACUCAGCCUUUUAAGAUCUGCACAACUGGAUAGUUUCCCUGAGGAGGUGCAGUGUCUUGCUGCAAGAAAACCACUACCCUACUCUGUUGACCUUGAUGCCGGAGUUUGAUCAUGAUCUGCGACUUAUUCGUGUGGGGGGUCGGCUGAUGCAACUUGAGACUGACAUGUUUCAUCCCGUUGUGCUGGAUCCAAGGCACCCUGUAACCAAACUGAUCAUUCAAAAGACAGACAGAGACUUAAGGCAUCCAGGUGCAGAGCAUCUGUUUGCUAAGAGCACUCCGAUCAGGGCACUAACUUCAAGGGAGGAGAAAGGGAGUUGCAAGAAGCAUUCAAAGCCCUACACCCCUUCCUUUAAUCUUCCCUGUGCUCCUCACUUUGGAGGAGCUUGGGAGCAGGAGAUAAGGUCUAUCAAGACUGCACUUAAAGCCAGCUUGGGUUCCCAGCUGGUUACCCCAGAAGUUCUGAGUACCACGCUGAUAGAAAUAGAAGGAAUCUUGAAAUAUAAGCCAUUGGGAUACGUGUCCUCUGAUGUCAGUGACCCUGAUCCUGUAACUCCCAACCGUACUUACAUCAGACACCUGUCAGUCGGCUCAUCGGACUGAAGACGACCAUCCAUAGAGCACUUCAAAUUUGGGGGUGGCUGUUGUGAAGAUUGGAUGAAUAAAUGUGUGAAGAUUAUGGGAACAGUGCCCCCUAGAGGCCAAUUAGUGGACUGCACAUGAGAGUCUGGAAAAUUCCAUUGCACAUGCUCUGUUUAGAAGGUGCAUAGCAGAACCAUGAGGAGCCAGUUCAGCAGCUCCUGAGUUCAUUAAGGAAAUGUGUUAUCAAGUGGAUUUUGUGACUGUGUGCGUCUAUAGAGCCAUGGAUGGGGAUGAGUGCGAGUUUUCGGAUCCUGAGCUGUCUCGCUCACACCGGGGCAGUGUCGCUUCCUCUGUUUCCCGCACUCAAGACGUGUUGGUGUACCUGGUAGGUGACAGCGCGGUGCACCUGUGUGUGGAGGGUGUUGUGAGUGUGUGUGUGCAGGAGUUGGGCCGCUUGGUCCGGCAGCCUCUCAACAUUACAGACUGUGAUCAGGAUGCGUUCGCUUUCUGGCUCUGCUCACCGUUACUCGAGCUACAGCUGAAACCAAAGCACCAGCCAUAUAAGCUGUGUCGACAGUGGCAGGACUUGCUGUACCGCUUCACUGAUGCCUCCACAGAAGACAUCUCAGUAGAUGAGCCGUGUCUUCAGUACAAAAGGAAUGUUUUUUAUCCCAAAGCAAAAGAACUUCAGGUGGAGGAUGAGGGAGUGUUAAAGCUUCUGUAUGAAGAAGCCCGGCUAAAUAUCCUGGAGAAUCGUUAUCCGUGUGAUCCGGAGCACUGGAUCCGACUCGGGGCUCUGAGUUGUGCCAUAGAGUUUGGCUCCGGGCUGGAUGACUAUAAACUGAUUGUAGCUGUUCGAGAGAAGAAGCUGACCUCCUUUUUGCCAGCCCAUGUGGUUUUGGGCCCUGGGGGCUUUUUCUCAAGUCUGCGCGCAAGGGGAAGUCGGCAGGGAGAGUUAGAGCAGAGACUCCUGAAAGAAUAUCGCACGCUGAGCAGCACCCAGGGAUCAGCAGCGCUUUUCCGACAGUACCUUAGUACCUGCCACAAACUACCUUAUUACGGCUGUGCUUUCUUUGCGGGUGAGAUUGAUAAGCCAGCACAGGGCAUCCUGCAUCGUGGAGGGAGGAAGAGCGUUAGUGUGGGGAUCAGUCUGGAGGGAGUGUACGUCAUGGACAUGAAAGAAAAGCAUGUGCUGUUGGGUCUGCGCUUCAGCGAGCUCUCCUGGGACCACUCAUACCCUGAGACUGAAGGGGACUCCCACAUCCUGUGGCUGGAGUUUGAUGGGGAAGAAGAUGGAACACCUGUCAACAAAUUACUAAAGAUUUACUCCAAACAGGCAGAGCUAAUGAACGGUUUGAUCGAGUUCUGUGUAGAGCUGCGAUCAGUAGGGAAUGCUGCAGUGGCAGCAGAUAUGGAUGGAGACGCCACUGCUUCCCAAGAACCUGCGGAGCACACACCUUCCAGCCAGACGCAGGAGAGGCGGAGUCGGCUGCGCAGGCAGAGCAGUGUGAUGUGUAGCCGUAUACACACACUCAACACUAUUAGCUAUGUGGAUGAUGGUAAAGAGAUUAAGCGCUUGAAGCCAAAGAGAGCCACUUCUUUUUUCACCCGACAGGCUCCACCCACUUACUCUACUGUUCAGGUGACAGACAGUUUGGAGCAGGGCUGAAAUCCAACACCACCCUAGCCCAGAGACCAAAACUACUCCUAACCACUCUGACUCGGAAGCUGAGAGGACAGAAACGGACCAAGAUCAUAAUGUUGAACUACUGUGUAUGGAGAACAGUGAACUUCUAAUGUUGAUGAUGUUGCAAGCUUAAGUUAUAUCUCUCUUUGUUGUGUGAUUUUACCUCAGAAAUGUUAGAGAGGCGAUGUAGGACUGAAUCAGGUGAAAGAUAGGAGGCAAAAUCUCAGCUAUGCAAAACCAACUUUCCAACCCACAAACCAAACUUUCCAAACGUUAAGAGUGCACACUGUGAUGCUGCACUAACUAACCAGUGCCUCUACCUUGUCCUGCUGCUGCUCUAUGUACUCCAGGGCUUCAUACACUUCAUCUGGGACAUGUGAAGGUGGGGUGCAAAACGGUGCAUCAUCACUGUUGUAACAUAACUUCUGAUUUCUAAGAAUGGAAUGAAACUUUUUUUUAUAGGAAGAGCAAAAAUGUAUCUAAGUUCAGGUCUGUUUCAGAUAAAGCCAGACCAUUCUGUAUGGCACUUUGCAAAAGUUUAACACACCUAAACACUUUUAUUAUUCUCAUAAUAAUUAUCCUUGUUUUUAGGGGAAAAAUAUAGUUUUCAUUAAAAUAUAUUUAACAUUACAUAGAAUAAGAAGUACUUUUUUUAAUGCAUACAUGUUCAGAUAUUUUUUUUAAUAUAUAUAUAUAUAUAUAUAUAUAUAUAUAUA